AUGAAGCUGACCGCGGCGGCGGGCUCAGCCCCCUGGUUUCUCCUUCCGGCCCUCGCCGCCCUCGCCGGUCUUCUGGUGUACCUUUACGCUCCCUACUGGAGGGUGAGGAAGCUUCCGGGGCCUCCCUUAUCGCCUCUCCUGGGUCAUCUCCCCUUGCUCGCCAAGCAUGGGCCCGACGUUUUCCGCCUCCUCGCCGAUCAGUACGGCCCCAUUUACAGGUUCGCCUUCUCAGAAUUAUCCUCCUCCUCCGAUUCGACUGUUCGUGGUUUUUUAGGCGGCGGCGAGAGGGGAUCCAAUCCGGUGGGGAUUUCAAUUUUCUUCCGGCGGCGUGUUUUACAGGUUCCACCUGGGGAGGCAGCCGCUGGUGAUCGUCGCGGACCCGGAGCUGUGCAGGGAUGUGGGCAUCAGGAAGUUCAAGAGCGUUGGGAACAGAAGCCUCCCUUCCCCCAUCUCCUGCUCCCCUCUGCAUCAGAAGGGCCUCUUCUUCACCAGGUGGGACACACUAGUCUCUGUUGAUGGGUGGUGGGUGAGUCAUUUACCUGGCUAAUGGGGAGACGUCUAGUCCGAAAAGAUGAGAAAAAGAAAAAGCUUUGAAUAAAGAGUGCAUCCGACAAUGCGAGUAAUAAUCUAAUCUCUGGUUAUUUCCAGGGACUGGAGGUGGUCGGCCAUGAGGAACACGAUAAUCUCCCUUUACCAGCCCUCUCACCUCGCCAAUCUGAUCCCCACCAUGCAGUCCCUGAUAGAGGCGGCGUUCCUCGACCUGGAGACGGGGCCUGGCGGUGAAAUCACCUUCUCCGACGUCUCCCUCAAGCUGGCCACCGACGUCAUCGGGCAGGCCGCUUUUGGCGUUGACUUAGGCCUCUCCAAGGGAGACCACCGCAGGGCGGCACCGUCGGAUGACGAAGUCUCCGCCUUCGUCAAGCUCCACGUCUUCUCCACCACCUCGCUGAAGAUGGACCUCUCCGGUUCCUUCUCCAUCGUGCUGGGCCUUCUCGCGCCGAUCCUCCAGGAGCCUUUCCGGCAGGUGCUGAAGCGAGUCCCCGGCACUGCCGACUGGAAGAUGGAGAGGAUCAAUGGCGAGCUCAGUAGAAGAAUAGAUGCCAUCGUGACGAGGAGAGCAAGGGAGGGGGUUGACUUGCCGUGCAGAGACUUCCUGUCGGCGAUACUCAAGGCCCGGGAGUCCGGCGCCGCCGCCGGGGAGGAGCUAUUCUCGCCGGACUACGUCAGCGCGCUCACUUACGAGCACCUCCUCGCUGGGUCGGCGACGACCUCCUUCACGUUGUCCUCCGUGCUGUACCUCGUCGCCGGCCACCCCCGCGUGGAGCGGCGGCUGCUGGAAGAGAUCGACGCCUUCGAGCCGUGUGGCGUAGUGCCCUCCGCCGACGAUCUCCACCGCAAAUUCCCGUAUCUGGACCAGGUAGCCUUCCCAGUCUCUUUCUCCUGCAACUUAGGGUUAGGGUUUCCUCGUCCCUCUGAGACACCUCCCCCGACUCCUGUUGCAGGUGAUCAAGGAGGCCAUGCGGUUCUACACGGUGUCCCCGCUGGUGGCGAGGGAGGCCUCACAGCCGGUAGAGAUCGGCGGGUACCACCUCCCUAAGGUAAGCCCCGUUUCGCCGGCGGAACUGAUCUUCUCCGGCGAGUCUGACUCUUCAUGCACAGGGCACCUGGAUCUGGCUGGCGCUGGGGGUGCUGGCGAAGGACCCCAAGAACUUUCCCGAGCCCGAUGAGUUCCGGCCGGAGAGGUUCGACCCCGCCGGCGAGGAGGAGAAGCACCGCCACCCGUACGCCCACAUCCCGUUCGGCAUUGGCCCGCGGGCUUGCAUUGGGCAGAAGUUCUCUCUGCAGGAGAUCAAGCUCUCCCUCAUCUUCCUCUACCGGAGGUACAUCUUCCGCCGGUCCCCCGCCAUGCAGUCGCCUCUGGCCCUCGAGUAUGGGAUCGUCCUCAGUUUCAAGCAUGGGGUGAAGCUCCAGGUCCUCAAAAGGCAAUGA